CGGCGCUCGACGGCUGGCCCCGGGCGCCAGGGACCCCUGCUGUGAGGCAGUUAGGCGGGAAAGGGGGCACCGUGGAGCUGGCGAGUCCUGGCAGGAGAAGUGGCCAGCAAAGUCCUCGCCUGUCCCGGGGUCCCUGGAGCGCAAGCAGCAGUCGCGCCGCCUUUCUGCACGCGGUGCCCCAGGAUCCGCGUGGGGUUGCAAGUGGAGGAGAGCGCUGAGGUCGCCGACACCGCCUCCUGGGAACGUGGGAUUUGCUCCUUUGGACGUGUGGCAGCCCUUUCCUUCAGCACUGGGGUUCCUGACGGGGGACUCGGGUCGCCGCGAGUCGCGCCGAGCGUUGGCAGUUGAGACUUCGCCGAGUGCCCCGGCUGCGCGCGUUACCUGUUGGACACCGGUGCGGCGAGCCUGUCUCCUGUGGGCAUGUUUCAAGUGACCAGGUCCAGCAUCCCCAAAACCGCCCCCCGGAACCUGGAGGACUUGGACUCAGUGCAGCGCGUGUUGCUACACAGUGAUCUUGAACCUGAGUGGCUUGACAGUGUGCAGAAAAAUGGGGAGCUGUUUUAUUUGGAAUUGAGUGAGGAUGAGGAAGAAACCCUCCUUCCCGAGUCACCGACGGUGAACCACGUGCGGUUCAGUGAAAAUGAGAUCAUUAUCGAAGAGGAUGAUUACAAAGAAAGAAAAAAGUACGAACCCAAACUCAAGCGGUUUACCAAAAUCCUGAAGAGUAAAAGGCUUUUACCCAAGCGAUACAAUAAAAAGAACAGCAAAGACAACAGGCCAGUGUCCAUCCUCAAGCAUCAGUCUAAUCAGAAGACAGGAGUCGUGGUCCAGCAGCAGUACAAAGAUGUGAAUGUGUACGUCAACCCCAGAAAGCUGACUGUUGUCAAAGCCAAAGAGCAGCUCAAACUGCUGGAAGUGCUGCUUGGGAUAAUCCAUCAGACCAAACGGAGCUGGAGAAAGACUGGGAAACAGAGUGAGGCAGAGAGGCUGGCAGUACAUGGCCUACUGCCAGGAGGAGCUGCCAUCAAGAGCGGGCAGGUGCUGAUUGGCGAUGUCCUCGUUGCUGUGAAUGAUGUUGACGUCACCUCUGAAAACAUAGAGAGAGUUCUGUCUUGCAUUCCUGGACCCAUGCAGGAACUCCAUCACUUGAGCCCUCACUGCUGCCUUCCAGGGUUUGCAGUAGUAGGAAGCUGGAGUCAGGAGCCAGAGAUGGAUAUCAAACUCAGUGCCAUCUGGGAUGUGAAACUAACGUUUGAAAACGCAUAUGCUGUGAAGAAGGAAACUGACCAGCCGAGACAGAAAAAGGCACAGUCAAACACAAAUGAUUUAGUGCAGCUUCUGUGGGGAGAUGCGGCUGACGGUGCACAGCAGGAGGUCCUGAAUACCCCACAUAUCGUUAUGUAUCUCACACUUCAACUAGACUCGGAAGCAUCUAAGGAAGAGCAAGAGAUUCUUUAUCAUUAUCCAAUGUCGGAAGCAUCUCAGAAACUUAAAAGUGUAAGAGGAAUUUUUCUCACCCUCUCUGACAUGUUGGAAAAUGUAACUGGAACACAAGUUACCAGCUCAUCUCUCCUGCUAAAUGUGAAACAAGUUCACGUAGCUUAUUGGAAAGAAUCUGACAAGUUGUUGCUAAUUGGCCUGCCUGCUGAAGAUGUUCCGCUUCCUCAGCUAAGGAACCUGAUGGAAGAUGUCGCCCGAACCUUGAAGUUUAUGUAUGGAUCUUUGGAUGGUGCCUUUUGCCAGACUGAGAAUGUUCCUCGCUUGGAUCAUUUUUUUAGUUUGCUCUUUCAAAGAACACUUCAGCCUGCUAAACUACAUUCCAUCCCUGGUUCCAGUGCCCAGCAAUAUGACGCCUCCAGUGCCGUACUUUUAGACAAUCUGCCUGGAGUUCGAUGGCUCACACUUCCACAGGAAAUCAAGGUGGAAUUAGACACAGCAUUGAGUGACUUAGAGGCUGCAGAUUUUGCAGAACUGUCUGAGGAUUACUAUGACAUGAGGAGGCUGUAUACAAUUUUGGGAUCUUCUUUAUUUUACAAGGGUUAUUUGAUAUGCAGUCAUUUGCCUAAGGAUGAUCUUAUUGAUAUUGCUGUAUAUUGUCGCCACUAUUGCCUGCUGCCUUUAGCAGCAAAACAGAGAAUUGGUCAGUUGAUAAUAUGGAGAGAAGUGUUUCCUCAAUAUCACCUCCACCCUCCUGCAGACUCCAACACUGAAGUCUUUCAGGAACCUGAAGGGAGAUAUUUUUUGCUCAUCAUUGGCUUGAAACAUUAUAUGUUAUGUGUGCUAUUAGAAGCAGGAGGCUGUGCAUCCAAAGCUAUUGGGAAUCCUGGACCGGACUGUAUAUAUGUGGAUCAGGUCAAAACAACCCUUCAGCAGCUGCAAGGAGUUGAUUUGCGCAUCGAGGAACACCUACUGUCUUCCUCCGGGCCCUGCUUGUCUUGCGCUGACUGGUUCCUCGCCGGAUCUGGUGAAAAAACAGACACUUUGACCACUUCACCUAUCCUCAGUAGGUUACCGGUUUCUUCUAAAGUUACAACCUCUCCAACCUGCAGAAGAUCCCUGUUUGGUGACUAUUCGUUAAAGACACGUAAGCCCAGUCCUUCCCGAAGCAGUGGACGACCUGACGAUGGUUGUGAAGAUGGAGAAAGUACUGGCAUUAGCCCUCAUACCACACCAGAUGCAGUGCGGAAGCAAAGGCAGUGUCAAGGCUCUGAUGGCUCAGAAGAAAGUGGGGCUUUGCUUAAGAUCACUAAGAAAAAGUCUACUCUUCCAAAUCCACUUUCUUUGGGAAACACGAGAAAGGAUCUUUCCAAAAAGGAAUUGGAAAUACAUAACACAAUGAAAUUGACAUCUGGUCCUGAGAAUACACUUUUCCACUAUGUUGCCUUAGAAACAGUGCAAGGAAUCUUUAUUACUCCUACCCAUGAAGAGGUGGCACAGCUAAGUGGUUCUAUCCAUCCUCAGCUAAUCAAGAAUUUCCAUCAGUGUUGCCUUUCCAUUCGUGCCAUUUUCCAACAGACAAUGGUGAAAGAGAAAAAGAAAGCCCUAGAUGAUGGAGAUCACUCAGCCUCUACAUACUCAGUGUCUUCUCUUAACCCUGUGAAAGAACAUGGUGUGUUGUUUGAAUGCUCACCCGAAAACUGGACUGAUCAGAAAAAGGCACCACCAGUUAUGUCUUACUGGGUAGUAGGGAGACUGUUUCUUCAUCCAAAACCUCAAGAACUGUACGUCUGUUUUCAUGACUCAGUCACGGAAAUUGCCGUUGAAAUGGCAUUUAAAUUAUUCUUUGGAUUAACCUUGUAGCUGUGUUUUUUUGAUUCAUGGCAGCCCAUGCGAGCAUCAGUGUCAUACCUGAAACAGCAGAGACAUGCAGUUUUGUUUAUUACUGUUCAAUACUGAACAUACUGUUGUUAAAUAUUUAGAUGAAAUGCUGUUUGAUUUCAUAAAUCUUGUAUAGUAUUUUGAGACUUUUGGGAAAAUAUUUGAUUGAUAUAUGAAAAGAGAUAGUUAACUUAUUUCCAUGUGGUUAUAUAAUGUUAAUUUAUUGACUAAUUUGAAAUAAUGUGAAGUGUUUUAUAUAAAAGUAAUACAGGAAAUGUUUAUUUUGAAAACACACCCAAUUCAUUGUUUGUUUUUCUCAAAACAAAUAUUGGAAUCUAAUGAAAGAAUUAUGAAAAAGAAGGGAAGUGGCCAGGUUCUAUAAUUAAUUAAUGCUAGAACUUUGGCAAGCCUUGGUACUGUUCAAGCUUAGUUUCAUGUACAAAGGAAAUGACUGCAUUGAUGUUUUAAAAUCUAGCGAGUAAAAUGUGAUGCUUCUGCCCUUCCUGCCUGUUGGUUGGUCCCUAGAUUCGUAGCAUCCAAGUACUGAUUCCUUGUCAGUUCAAACAUUUUCAUUAGUUCAAGUACUUCAAUCAUACCUCUCUGUGGGAACAAAGAGGAAGAAUAAAAAUUAAACUUACUUUUUUUUUAUUCUUUCUGGUGAGCUCAUUUUGACUAAGAUAUAUGUAUUUUUUUAACUGUUGAUAAGCUUUCAGUGUUUCUGUUCAAAUAGAUUCAGGUAUAUAAACAUUUCAGACAGUUUAUGAAUUUCAGGAAAAUUGUGUAUAAUUUUUAAAAAUCCCGUUAAAAACACUGGCUCAUGAAAUUGUAUGGUGACUUCUUUUGUAGGAUACUAACAUUUGUCUUAUGAAUAGGAAUCAAUGUGCAUUUGAUUUUCCCAAAUGGGCAACACUUCAGUGAAAGUGGCCCUAUUCUUUAGGAGGAGCCUGUGGUCUGGAGAUUUUCUUUGUGAGCCUUUGACAGAUUGAGAGAAAAGAGAAACACAACAAGUACUGCUCAUUGGAUUCUUCUCGUGCUUCACGUGUUUCCAGGACUUUAUAAUACUAGAUUGUUUCCUCUUCAGGACUUAAGCUUUGCAAGACAAGUCCCCAGCACAUGUGAAACCAGUGUCUGUGUUUGCUCUACCUCACAUGGAAGCACUCCAGCAGAGAGAACUGACUGCAAAAUUAGCUGCAUCGUUUGAGCCAUUUGAUCUUAGAAGGAACACCUGUAAUCCCAGUCUUCAGAUGAACAGAUUUUUACCUAGACAUUUAAGAUGCAAACUGCUACACGUAUGUCCCAUAAGAGACUUGUGGGCCUGGAUUUUAGCAUUCAAACCUUGGCUCUUGAAAUGCUGUAGUGUAGCUUGACAAACUCUCCUUUAAGGAGCACAAUACUGAGUCACACAGUAGACUGUUUAACUGCUGUUCUAGGCUUGCCUGUGCACACAUGUAUGUAUUAAUAUAAGUUGGAAGUAUUUAUUGAAUAUCUCAAAGCUCCAGGUAUGCUCCCCCUUCAAAAACCCCAGGAAUAUCUCAGUACUAGGAAUCAUUAAUUAAUGCAGCUACUGAUUACCUCAGGUUUUCAGACUGAACUGAGACUUGGGAUUCUAUCUUGGGGGACUUAUAAAUUUCCAUUGAGCAAAAUGUUGAUCUGCUUAACUGGUUUCUCAUUGUUGAAGAAUCAUGAAGCCACUGCUUGGUAACUGAGAUAAAAAUGCAAAGCAGACUGCUGAUAUUAAUAAAAAAAAAAACUCGCUCACUAUUUUUGUAGCUGUUACUGUAAUUUCUGUGUUGCAGAGGCUCUGCAUUUGUAGGAGUACAACCAGACACUGUUUUACAUCUUUAAGUGGGUACUGAAGUAGGCAGUGUAUAUAUACUUAGAAGCCCAUUUUCCCAGGUAUGUCCAGAUUCACAUUGAAAAGUAGAUCCAGCUGAUUAUUGGGCAAAUGUCUGCCGGUUAGGUAAACAAAGGGGG